AUCCUUAAAUUUUAGAUUGUGUGCAUUUGAUAUAGACCAUCAUGGUGUUUUAAUGGGUCGACAUUGGGCCUGCCAAUGCCAGAUACUCGUUCGUACCUCAACCAAUUCUAAACCUUUCAACUUUGGCCUUCUUCCUAAUCGACGACGACGACAUACUCUUCGAAUUCGCCCUUCUUCCAACUAACCGCAGCGGUUUCAAAGACUGAAAAGAUGGGUAUACUUGAUGGAACAUUUGGACGGCUUGCACCCAAGGCGAAGAAUCUGGUAGUUGCGGGUGGAUUGUCUGCAUUCGUCUUUGGGGUCUAUUUCUACACAAUGAGAGCUGUUGGUGGCUCUGAUGAACUUCAGGUUGCCAUUGAUAAGUUUGAACAAGAGAAACAGAAGAAAGAGUCCAAACCAAGCUUGGCAUCAAAUACCUAAGCACAUCAAAAUUAUCCUUUGAAGUUUCUCUUGUAAAGAAAAUCAAGAUUGUGGAUUUCCCUUCAUUUUUAAGUGGUUGGUUAGCUUUGGAGAGUCUUAUCAAACAUCAGUCAUGCUUAUAAUGGGAAUCCUGCUUCCAAAUUCACAUCAUCCAUCAUAUAUACUAUAACAUUUUCUUUCAUUAGAAAAUGUUAUGCUUAUUUUAAGCUAUGCUCCUCGUAUAUAUGGAGUAGUUAUUACUAUGUUUCAACAUAACAGGACUACAUGAGAAUCUCGUACCAUACUUGUUUGGGUUUGUACUAAAUUCAUCAAAUUUGCAAGCCUUGUUUUUCUUCUGCAACGGCAAAUGUGCAAGGAUUGAGCCUUCUUCAUAUCAACUUAUCAAUUUGUGGUUUUCCUUCAUGUUUAUGGGUUGUGGCUUUGGAGAGUUCU